AUGCCUAAAAUUACAGUAAUAUCGGGUGGUACAGCCACCAAUGAAUUGACGCCUUUAUUUUCCAACUUAUCCAAAAAUAACAAGACUUCAUAUAUUUUGCCAAUUUCUGAUAAUGGAGGUUCCACGUCCGAAUUGAUUCGUGUCAUUGGUGGUCCAGCUAUAGGUGAUAUACGGUCUAGAUUGACAAGGUUGAUUCCGCCACAUCAGGAACAUAUCAAACAGUUGCUUACGUUUAGAUUAUCACUGGAUCCGCAAAUUGCCAAGCAUCAAUGGAAUGAUAUCGUCGAAGGAACGCAUGAAUUGUGGACACCAAUAAGUUCUAGUACAAAGGAAAUCUUUCGAAGCUUUUUUGUACAUCUUCAUGUAGAGUUGUUGAAAAGGUCAAGAAUACAUCAAUCAACAAAGAGGCAGUUUAGAUAUGAAUUGGCUAGCGUGGGAAAUAUGUUUUUGACAGGUGUUCGUUUAUUCAUUGGGUCAUUGGACUCCUCCAUUGAACUAUUUUGUAAAUUGACUGACAUAAACACCAAUAUUCAAGUUUUGCCAUGCAUAAACACAAAUUUCACCUAUCAUAUUAGUGCGUUAUUAGAGAAUGGGUUGAUCAUAACAGGACAGUCACAGAUUUCGCAUCCAUCAACCUCGCAAGAGUAUCCUCCUCCGAUACACAAAACAAGACCACCAACUCCCUCGGAUGACGCAUUGAGGACAAAUUACUUUACCGAUGCAGAAGUACCCAUCAAUGAAGUUGAAAUCAGCAAACAACGCCAUCAACGAAGGUUGAGCGUAGAGUCAAGCGUAUCGACAUUUUCAGAUUCAGAGGAAGAAGAAUCGGGGAAUGUUCCUCAAUACACACAUCCCGAGUUGAAAAAGUCCCAAUUGCAUUUCAACAAACUGGAAUCUAUAGAGCCUUUGCUAUCCCCCAUAAAGAGAAUAUUCUACGUCUCUCCAUAUGGAGAAGAAAUUUGCCCCACUGCAAACGGAAGAGUCACUUCAACCAUUGCAAAUAGUGAUACGUUGAUUUAUUCUAUCGGUUCAUUAAUGACAAGUAUUGUGCCUGUUUUGGUAUUAAAGGGUGUAGGCAAAGCAAUUACUACAGGCAAAUGCAAAAACAAAAUUUUGCUACUAAAUGGAUGUCUUGAUAGGGAGACGUUUGGGAUGACCGCUUACGAUUUCAUAAAAGUUAUAGUUGAAUCUACAGAAUAUUCCUUGAGAAAUCAAAACUUGGAUACUGGACAUCUUUCGUGGAACAAGGUGGUUACACACUUGAUAUACAUGUCUGAUCUGAAAAUUGAAGUUGAUGUGGAUUUGUUGAACUCACGUGGAGUUCAAUGUGUUGAGAUACGAAAGAUUGAAAACACAGACUAUUUUGAUUUGCUGUGUCUAGAAAAAGCACUUGCUGAUAUUAUAUAG